GUUAGUUGCUUUAGCAACUCAAAAAUACGUUUCUGACAUCAUUCUUGAUGCAAUGCAACAGGUAACAUGUUUCGGAACUAGCAUUUUUUGGAGUCUUAAAGAUGACGCUAGAAUGAAGGGUCUUGGACAAACAAAGAAAGGCACGAAAGAGACGCGAUAUUGCUUGACUAACGAUAUUUUGGAGCCUGUUCUGAAGGAAUAUGGAAUUGACUUUGUUCUACCUCCAUAUAUGCAUUAGGC